AAGACAGAGAGACGCGCGCGCCGCGCCGCGGAAACAUGGAGUCGCGGAGCGGUCGUGGAGAAGAUGGUGAGGAAUAUCGGCUGUUUGUUAAGCUACACGAAGCAGCGCUGAAGUCGUCGAGAAUACCGCCGUUGUACUGGAGGAGCCUGUAUUACAAACUUGCCAACGAGGUAUUCGACGCAGGGGACGUGUUCGGUGUCGCGCGCGUGCAGGAAGAGGAUCCUCGUGACGAUGAGGAGGAAACUGGAGGGAUCGCAGUGAACUCGGCGGCUCAGGUCACUUGCAAAGUAGUUGUGACUCGGGAAAGUGGCCUGCAGGCGUCCGACUGCAUCAGUGUGUUCUUGGUGGACCAUGCCUGGACAUACUGUGUGGAGAAUGCACGGCAGCAACUGGAGAUGAUGCCAGGUCUGCUGUCCCGCAUGGCUGCCCUCAUGGCCUUGGAUUUUCAUGGCGAGGUCCCUGACCCGCAGGUGGUGGAGGAGGUACUCACCCAGCAGUGGAAGUACAACCAGACGUACCACCUGUCUCAAGGAUCAGCAGAAGAAAAAGUUCCAGUGUGGUACAUCAUGGAUGAGUUUGGCUCCCAGAUCCAGCACUCCAGCCAACCCACUUGCUGUAUGGCCCCCUUCUUCUUUGCCCCACACCAGAUUGCAUACUCUAUACUGUGGCCUCUGCAGGACCUAGGUGCAGGAGAUGAGGUAACACGGGACUAUGCUUACAGUGAGAGCGACCCUCUGAUUAGGAAAUGUCGCUUGCUGCCAUGGGAACCAAAUGAUCUUCAAGAUGUGAACAGUUUCACUCCUGAGCCCGCUGACCUCUAUUAUGAGUGCAUCUUAAAGGAGAACAAAGAAACACUUCCCAUCCAUAUCCAGCCUCAUGGUUUCCCGAAGAGCAAAGUGUUUAAGGUGUACACAGAGAUGACACAAGUAAAGGACAACCUGAGUCAUCCCCAGUUCCAAUUCACUGACAACAUGGAGGAAGCUGACAUCCUUUGGCUAUUUUCCCACAUUCGGAACUACAGGCAAUUGAGUGAGGAGAGGCCCAAUGUUCUCCUGAACCAGUUUCCCUGUGAGACGAUAGUCACGUCAAAGGACUGCCUGGCAGCUGUGUCACGGAGAGGGAACCAGGAGCCAGACUGGCUGCCCAAGACUUUUAACCUGCAGACUGAAUUACCUCAGUUUAUCAGCUACUACCAGCAGAACCAGGAGAAAGGGCUUGACAAUCGCUGGAUCUGCAAGCCGUGGAAUCUGGCUCGUGGGCUGGACACCCAUAUCACCGAUAACCUAAACUACAUCAUCAGGCAGAGAGAAAGCGGACCAAAGGUAGUGUGCAAGUACCUGGAGGAUCCAGUUCUGUUUUGCAGGGAGGAGGUUGGUCAAGUGAAGUUUGAUGUCCGCUAUAUGGUUCUGCUGCGCUCAGUCCAACCUCUACAUCUUUAUGUCUACAACGUCUUCUGGCUGCGUUUUGCAAACAGACCCUUCUCUCUUGACCACUUUGAUGACUACGAGAAACAUUUUACAGUCAUGAACUAUGCAGAAGGAGUCCAGCUAAAACAGGUUCACUAUGAUCAGUUCAUUCCAAUGUUUGAGAAGCAAUAUCCACGACAUCCCUGGAAUGAGAUCCAGGAGGAAAUUUUGAAGUCAUUUGAUGAGCUUUUCAAGGCAGCCUCCUCUCGUCCUGCUCCCUAUGGAAUCUGUGACUAUCCUUCAUCUAGGGCCAUCUAUGCAAUUGACGUCAUGCUCAAAUGGACGUCUGGGAACCAAGGUGAAAGGGUCAUGAGACCACAGAUCUUGGAAGUCAACUUCAGUCCAGACUGUGAAAGGGCUUGCAAAUACCAUCCCUGCUUCUACAAUCACAUCUUCCAAACGCUCUUCUUAGAUGAAACUGAAGAUUGUCCUGUUACUCGUAUAGUAUGACAAUCUGUCUUGUCACCUGAGAUGGCAAGUUGGGAAUACAUAAUGUUUACAUGUUAAAUAAAAAUUAUAGAC